UGGCCAAACACGUGUUUCACUGGGACAAUAGUGAGUGGUGCACACUUUCUUCGCCCGGCCACAGACCAACAAAAAAGUCCCAUUUAAGAGUUGCUGGUGUAACAAUAGGAAGAAUAUAUUCCACUCCUCUCUUCUACACGCGGCUUAUGAGAUGAACGCUCGUCAAGAAGAACGUCCUCUUCAGCAGCAGGAGGAUCCACAGCCCCCCCACAUUAAAGAAGAAAAGGAGGAUCUCUGGGUUACUCAGGAGGAAGAGUUUUUUCCAGGGCAGGAGGAGGCGGAUCUCAGCAAGUUUCCACUGACUGUUGUCUCUGUGAAGACUGAAGAGCAUGAAGAUAAACCACCUGAGUCCUCACAGCUUCAUCACAGUCCAAAGGUCUGUGAAAAAUAUCGUCCACCUGAGCAACAGGAGAGGUCCUCCAGUAUGGAGCAGAAGAGGUCACAGCACCUCCAUGCGAAAGAAGAAGAGCCACAGCCCCCCCACUUUAAAGAUGAAGAAAAACAAGGAAUGUACCCACACUUCAUAGAGGAAGACAAGAGACACCUUAUCAGUGUGAAAAGUGAAGAUGAUGAGGUCAAAGGUGAGAGUGAACAAAAGUGGAGCUUCAGGAUGUGGACGGAGAAUCAACAGCCCUCCCACAUUAAGAAGGAAGAAAAAUACCCACUGACACCCCAUUUUAAAAAGGAAGCGGUGGAUCUACUGAGCCCUCACAUUAAGGACGAAGGGGAGGACCCACUGACCCCGCACAUUAAAGAGGAGGAAGAGGACCCACUGACCCCUCACAUUAAAGAGGAAGAGGAGGAACACAGCAUCAGUCAGCAGGGAGAGCAUCUUGAAGAACUGGAGGAGGUUGAUUUCACCAAGAAGCCUGUGACUGGUGUCCCUGUGAAGAGUGAAGAUGAUGAGGUCAAAGGUGAAAGUGAGGAGAGGGGAGGGGCGGAGCCUCCAAGCAGCAGCUCAACACAACACAUGACAACAGAAGCUGAUGGAGACCACUGUGGAGGAUCACAAGCAGACAAGCUCUUAGCUCCACUAUCAGAUAGUGAGGACAUAACGGCACACUCUCCUGACACUGAUGAUGAAGACUCUAAAGAUGAUAAGACAUGUCACACUGACAACACUCACUUGAAAUGUUCUCACUGUGACAAAACUUUUAAAUACCAUUGUCGUCUGGUAAGACACAUGAAAACACACACUGGAGAAAAACCUUUUUUAUGUUCAAUCUGCGGUAAACAUUUUACUCAAAAGCACAAUUUCAAAACACAUAUGAGAACACACACGGGCGAAAAACUUUUUUCAUGUUCAAUCUGCGGUAAAGCUUUUACUCAAAGGCCCCAUUUGAAAACACACAUGAGAACACACACUGGCGAAAAACCAUUUUCAUGUUCAAUCUGCGGUAAAGAUUUUACUCAAAAGCACAAUUUCAAAGCACACAUGAGAACACACACAGGAGAAAAACCUUUUUCCUGCUCAGCAUGUGGUAAAAGUUUUGUAAUAAAUCAAAGUUUAAAAGUACACAUGAGAACGCACACUGGCAAAAAACCUUUUUCAUGUUCAAUCUGCCAUAAAGAUUUCAAUCAAAGAUCCCAUUUCAACGCACACAUGAGAACACACACCGGAGAAAAACCUUUUAUAUGUUCAGUAUGUGGCAAAAGUUAUAUAGAAAGAAACCAAUUAAAAUUACACAUGAGAACGCACUCUGGUGUUCAUACCUUUGCUUUUGAGCACACAUAAAUCCCUCUUAGUUCAUAUUUACUGGUUCACAUCUGAAACAUCUUCUGGACCACUUCUGGAAACUGGAAGCAUAUGACACCAGUUCAAAACACGAAUUUGGAAUUGGUAUGUCAGACUUAGCCCUGUCUUGGUUUAACUCUUAUCUCACUGAUAGGAUGCAGUGCGUCUCCCAUAACAAUGUUACCUCGGACUACGUUAAGGUAACGUGUGGAGUUCCCCAAGGUUUGGUUCUUGGCCCUGCACUCUUCAGCAUCCACAUGCUGCCGCUAGGUGACAUCAUACGCAAAUACGUUGUUAGCUUUCACUGUUAUGCUGAUGACACCCAACUCUACAUGCCCCUAAAGCUGACCAACACGCCGGAUUGUAGUCAGCUGGAGGCGUGUCUUAAUGAAAUUAAACAAUGGAUGUCCGCUAACUUUUUGCAACUCAACGCCAAAAAAACGGAAAUGCUGAUUAUCGGUCCUGCUAGACGCUGACCUCUAUUUAAUAAUACAACUGUAACAUUUGACAACCAAACAAUUAAACCAGGCGCCACGGUAAAGAAUCUGGGUAUUAUCUUCGACCCAACUUUCUCCUUUGAGUCACACAUUAAAAGCGUUACUAAAACGGCCUUCUUUCAUCUCCGUAGUAUCGCUAAAAUUCGCUCCAUUUUGUCCAUUAAAGACACUGAGAUCAUUAUCCAUGCGUUUGUUUCGUCUCGCCUCGACUACUGUAACGUAUUAUUUUCGGGUCUCCCCAUGUCUAGCAUUAAAAGAUUACAGUUGGUACACAAUGCGGCUGCUAGACUUUUGACAAGAACAAGAAAGUUUGAUCACAUUACGCUUGUACUGGCUCACCUGCACUGGCUUCCUGUGCACUUAAGAUGUGACUUUAAGGUUUUACUACUUACGUAUAAAAUACUACACGGUCUAGCUCCAUCCUAUCUUGCCGAUUGCAUUGUACCAUAUGUCCCGGCGAGAAAUCUGUGUUCAAAGGACUCCAGCUUAUUAGUGAUUCCCAAAGCCCAAAAAAAGUCUGCGGGCUAUAGAGCGUUUUCAUUUCGGGCUCCAGUAUUCUGGAAUACCCUCCCGGCAACAGUCCGAGAUGCCACCUCAGUAGAAGCAUUUAAGUCUCACCUUAAAACUCAUUUGUAUACUCUAGCCUUUAAAUAGACUCCCUUUUUAGACCAGUUGAUCUGCCGUUUGUUUACUUUUUCUCCUAUGUCACACUCUCCCUUGUGGAGGGGUUCCGGUCCGAUCCGGUGGCCAUGUACUGCUUGCCUGUGUAUCGGCUGGAGACAUCUCUGCGCUGCUGAUCCGCCUCCGCUUGGGAUGGUUUCCUGCUGGCUCCACUGUGAACGGGACUCUCGCUGCUGUGUUGGGUAGUGUUGGAUCCGCUUUGGACUGGACUCUCGCGACUGUGUUGGAUCCAAUAUGGAUUUAACUUUCACAGUAUCAUGUUAGACCCGCUCGACAUCCAUUGCUUUCCUACUCUCCAAGGUUCUCAUAGACAUCAUUGUCACCGACGUCCCACUGGGUGUGAGUUUUCCUUGCCCUUAUGUGGGCCUACCGAGGAUGUGGUAGUGGUUUGUGUUGUGGUUUGUGCAGCCCUUUGAGACACUAGUGAUUUAGGGCUAUAUAAGUAAACAUUGAUUGAUUGAUAUUAUUAUUUACUUUACACAUCAUUUGAGCGGUUGCAUUUUAUACAAGAGCACUUACUUUAAAAAUGUGUGACUUUAUGAACCAUUUGUUGGUUGUCUAUAAUCCAUUCUAUUAUUUAUCUUUAUUCCUCUCUUUUGUAAUAUGAUGAUUGUUGUGUGAUUGUUUUAUAUGUAUGUCCCCAGACCUUUAUGCAAUAAACAAUGUAUGCUUCAACUGAAGUUGGGUACAAUAA